AUGAAUCUUGUAAGGUUUAUGAACAACCGUGUUCCUCCUAACAAGAGAUACCAGCCCACAGAAUACGAGCAUGCUGCCAACUGUGCCACGCAUGCGUUAUGGAUAAUUCCCAGCCUGCUGGGCAGCUCCCUGUUGCACUUCCAGUCAGAGGACCAAUGGGAGCGAUUGUCGGCCUGGGUGUACGGGGCGGGGCUCAGCUCGCUCUUCAUCAUCUCCACCCUGUUCCACACUGUGGCCUGGAAGAAGAGCCACUUACGGUCUGUGGAGCACUGUUUCCACAUGUGUGACAGGAUGGUGAUCUAUUUCUUCAUUGCUGCCUCCUACGCUCCUUGGCUGAACCUGCGAGAACUUGGUCCCUGGGCGUGCCACAUGCGCUGGCUGGUGUGGGUCAUGGCCUCUUUUGGUACCACCUACGUCUUCUUCUUCCACGAGAGGUAUAAGAUCAUGGAGCUGAUCUGCUACACGGUGAUGGGAGUUUUUCCUGCCAUGGUCAUCCUCUCAAUGCCGGAGCAGUCGGGGCUGUGUGAGCUUCUUGUGGGCGGAGCCUGCUACUGUCUGGGGAUGGUCUUCUUCAAAAGUGAUGGCAUCGUCCCGUUCGCUCAUGCCAUUUGGCACCUGUUUGUAGCUAUGGGAGCAGCCAUACACUAUUACGCCAUCUGGAAGUACCUCUAUGCCCAGCCAUCCAAUCAGGUCCAGACCUCCAGAUGACAUCAGCGCUGACCUCACAGGGAGUAGCUCCUGUGUUUGGGGCAACUUCAUUGAGAUGAUGUGAGCUGUGUUCAAAUUUAGCGGCUGCCUCAUUUGGAGGCUAGUUGGGUGACAAUGUACCUCCUCCCCAAAUGAUAUAGUCCAACCUCACAGAGACCAAAACUAAAUGUCGCCUUCAAGUCCUCCUCGUCAGCUCAGAAAGUCAAACAUUUCAAUGUUUUUCGCCAAGA